CAAUCACUCUCUCGUAAAUACUAUCUAACUCACCGCACCAAAGAAUUCUGAUAAUUUAUUUAUCUAAAUUCCUUGGUAUCUCUCCAUGGGUUCAAUUUGUAGGAAGAAAAAGGUAGAUGAGGCUACGACAAAGCUGAGAGUUAGUUACUUUUCUUUCACAUUCAAAGGACGUAAGCUAAGACCAAAUUAUAUUCGGGAUGAUGAAGAUGUUGUGUGUUAUUAUGAGGAUGUGAGUGAAGAAGGGUUUAGAAGUGUAUUGCAUGUCGAAGUGACCAAUGACGUUGAACAAAAUCAGGGGAUCAAUGAAAAUGAGGGGUUUGAUCAAGUUUUAAGAGAGGAUUUGGUUAGAGGAAAUGUUGCAAAUAAUGAAGAUGUUCCUCUAGUUGGUGGAGCGGAUGAUAGUGGUGGUGGUGUCCUUGCUAUGUACGUUGGAGAACCAUCACAACAAUAUCCAGCGGUGCUGGAGAAUGAAGAGAGAGAUGUAGAAGGGAAUGCAUCCGGAACUAUUUUAUGGAAAGAUGAUAUUGAUAUUACGGUAGGCCAGAAAUUUAGAAGCAAAGAAGCAAUACAAAGUUUAGUUGAAAAGGCUGGACAUAAUAAUGUCUUUGAGUUUGUUGUAAAGAAGUCGGAGCCGUUGAGAUCUAUGGUGGCAUGUUCAGAAGCACAUAAUGGGUGCGAUUGGUAUAUAAGAGCUGCGAGGCGUGAUACGACUAAGCCUUUUUCUAUACGAACUCAUAGAAAGAUUCAUUCAUGCUCUCAGUCAAGUACAAGUACCGGACGGCGAAGUAGAAGGAAAGGCACACCAACUAUGGUUGCUUCUUUGUUGACUAAAGAUUAUCUGGGUAAACUUACCAUGCCACCUCCAAAAGAUCUUAUUAAUUUGGUUCAAGGACGAUUUGGUGUGCAAGUGUCAUACUCUACCGCGUGGAGAGGAAAAAAAGCAGCUGCAAAUGAUAUUCGAGACAUGUCUGAGAAAGACAAGGAAGAAAGCAGUCAGGCACUGAGCAACAAGCUGUUGAUGGAAGCUCUUACAGCAACCCUUACAGCUACUCUCACUACUAACAUGGCAAAAAUGAUGGACGAAAGGAUCAUGGGAGGUCUGAAUAGAGAUAUCAUAGAUAGACUAGAAGUUCAGCACUACGUGGAGCUAGAAGAGCUGCUGCACAAAGCCAUCAUGUUCGAGAAACAACUUAAGAGAAGAAGCUCUAAGUCUAGUUUUGGUUCAGGAAAGCCUAGCUUUAGUUCAGGAAAGCCUAGCUACCAAAGGGAUGAGCGAUCAGGGUUUCAGAGAGACUACAAACCCUUUGUCAAGCCAAAGGUUGAGGAUCAAGAUCAGAAAAGAAAGGGCAAAGCUGUUGAGACCAGAACGAGAGACAUCAAGUGCUUUAAGUGUCACGGACAUUGUCAUUAUGCUAGUGAAUGUUCAAACAAGAGAAUCAUGAUACUUAAAAAAACUGGUGAGAUAGAGUUAGCAGAUGAGCAGCAAGAAGAGAGCUCCUCAUCAGAAGACUGUGAAGCACCAUCUAAAGGAGAGCUGUUGGUUGCAAUGAAGGCUUUAAGCGUGAUAGCUAAAACAAAUGAGCAAGAGCAAAGAGAAAAUCUGUUUCACUCAAGAUGUAUUGUCAAUGACAAGGUCUGUAGUUUGAUCAUAGAUAGAGGAAGUUGCACCAACGUUGCCAGCGAGACCAUGGUUGAGAAACUUGGUUUAAGAGUCAUGAAGCAUCCGAAGCCAUACAAACUGCAGUGGUUGAAUGAGGAUGGAGAAAUGAGUGUGAACAGACAAGUAAAGGCCAUGGCACUCAGACCGAAGAGUAACUCAUGAUGGCUUCACCAAUCGUCAAAUCUUUG